GCGCGGUUUUGACCGAUGUGGGAAAUGCGGAAAUGAGGCGCUUGUGGGAAAUACCUCGGCCACUGCAUCUGGUUGACUUCCAGCACUUCCCAGCACAAUGGCCACGACGAGAGCGGCAGCGGCGAGUGGCGCAGCGCCCGCCAAGGCAACGCACCGGAAGCGCGCGAGCCCACCGCCGGCGACCGCGCCAGCCAAGGCAACAGGCAAGCGCAAGCGUGCAGCGCCGGCGACGCCUGCCGCCGCGCCUGCCAAGACGACGCGCAAGCGUGCGAGCCCGCCACCAGCGCCCGCACCGGCCAAGCCGACGGGCAAGAAGCGCCGCACGGCGUCGGCGCCUCCCGCGGAAGAGCGGCGUCUUGCCACUUUCAACUUUGACUCGGACAGCGAGGACGAGGACGAUGCCGAUCGCCCGCCGCGCCGCGACGUCAAGGUGGUGUCGGACCCGACGGCCAAGAAGAUCGAGGCCAUCACGGUGAGCAUCAUGAAGGCCACGGGCAACAAGCCGUACAGCGGGAUCUCGAUGAUGGACACGUGGUCGUCGAUGCCCAUGAUGACGCUGUUUGCGCGAGAAAUGACGGCGACGCGCAAGCUCUUGGCGGCGGCCAAGUACCCCGAGGCCAUGGGCUCGCUGCUCGCGCUCUACAUGAACAUGGACCGGUACGACAACUGGUUUUGCGACACGGAGGACGUCGACGAGGUCUCAUCGACGUUCACUGCGUUCUACAAGCUCGCCCAAGACAUUCUGGCCCACGACGACGCGACCUUGUGCCUCACGGGCCGCCCGAUUCUGCUCGACGAGUUUCGCCGCUUUGGCGAAAAGGCCACGUCGCUCGGCUGUGACUACGAGUUUCCGUGGUUCGACUAAGCUAAACGCUAAUUCAGUGUGCCACUGUCCCACGCAGCACUUCUCAAG